AUGUGCGAGCGGGCGGCGCGCCUGUGCAGGGCCGGCGCGCACAGGCUGCUCCGGGAGCCGCCGCCGCAGGGCCGGGCGCUGGGCGGGCUGCUGCGCUGGGUGGGCGCCAGGAUGGGCGAGCCCCGGGCGCCGCCGGCGCCCGACGCCCCCGACACCCCCGUCGCGGACCCCGGCCCCUACCCGGGCCCCGCCUCGCCGCGCGGGGGCACCGCCGUCAUCCUGGACAUUUUCCGCCGUGCGGACAAAAACGAUGACGGGAAGUUGUCCUUGGAGGAGUUCCAGCUCUUCUUUGCAGAUGGCGUCCUCAAUGAGAGGGAACUGGAGGAUCUCUUCCACACCAUCGACUCUGACAACACCAACCAUGUGGACACCAAGGAGCUUUGUGACUACUUUGUGGACCACAUGGGGGACUAUGAGGACGUCCUGGCUUCCCUGGAGACCUUGAACCACUCCGUGCUGAAGGCCAUGGGCUACACCAAGAAGGUGUACGAAGGCGGGAGCAACGUGGACCAGUUUGUGACACGCUUCCUCCUGAAGGAGACGGCCAAUCAGAUCCAGUCCCUGCUGAGCUCGGUGGAGAGCGCGGUGGAGGCCAUCGAAGAGCAGACCAGCCAGAUCCGACAGAACCACAGCCGGCCCAGCCACAGCGCAGUGGAGACCUGGUCCGGGAGUCCCACUCCCCCCUACGCCCCCAACCACAAGCUCAUGGCUGCGGAGCAAGGAAAGAGCUUCCCGCCUGGCACCUCAGACCCCAAGGAGGACGGCCUGGAUGCCCAGAUCAGCAGGCUGGCAGGGCUCAUUGGACGGCUGGAGAACAAGACCCUUUGGUUUGACCUUCAGCAGCAUCUCUCGGAUGAAGAAGGCACCAACAUGCACCUGCAGCUGGUCCGGCAGGAGAUGGCCGUGUGCCCUGAGCAGCUGGGUGACUUCCUGGACUCUUUGCGCCAAUACGUGCGGGGUACCGCUGGGACUAGGAACUGCUUCCACAUCGCUGCCGUGAGGCUGGCGGACGGCGUCACCUUCGUGGUCUAUGAGUUCUGGGAGACGGAGGAGGAGUGGAAGAGGCACCUACAGAGCCCUGUGUGCAAGGCGUUCCGGCACGUCAAGGUGGACAUGCUGAGCCAGCCUGAGGCCUUCUCCCGGAUCUCCGUGCCAGCUGCGUGGUGCACCCUGGGCCGUGACUGACCGCCUCCCCCAGGUCCCACAGAUGAGUCUGCCGC